UGCAACUGCAAACACACUGUGCAAAAGAUCAUUUCAAAUUCAAGUGGGAGAAAUUCACAGCAGGAGAAAAAAAGAGGACCAUAAAAGCUAAAGAAGGGGAUUUGAGAUUUGUAAAGUGCUUGUAUUCAGCAGGAGGUUCUCCAGCUGGGAACUAAAAGGAAAAGAAGCAAGCGAGGAGGCGACUAAAAGGACGCAGAGCGAAGGAUAUUGCUCUUUUAUUGGAUUGCUUGGAUUUCUCGGUUUUCCUCCUCCUGGGCUGACAGCAGAGGAGGAGGCCAAGCCGCUGCCGCCGCAGGGAUGAAGUACAACUACCAUAUACCAGUGUCAACGUACACACGCAGCUCACAGUACACGCCAACAUAUCACACACCCACCUACUACACCCCCUCACAUUACACACCAACUACACCGCACUACACGUCCUCAUACACCUCCCCGACAAAGUACAGCUCAACACAGUACAGCUCGACACACUACACCCCGUCACAGUACACGUCCACUUACAAGGCGGCAUCGACCUACAUCCCCUCGUACAGCAAAGGGUCACGAUACAGUUCAACUCAGCGCACACAAGCGCAGGAGAAACCUGCACCUGUCAUACCUGUCGCACCUGCAAAGAGAACUGUGCACUUCCCCAAUGACAUCGUCUUCCAGGAUAUUGUGAGGCGAGGAGAUUUGGAGCAGAUUGGUCGGUUCAUGAGAGCGAGGAAGGUCCGUGUGGAUACGCUCUUCCACUCAGGUAUGGCAGCACUGCAUGAAGCCGUGCUAACAGGAAACAUGGAGGUGGUGAAGCUGCUGGUGAAAUACGGAGCUGAUGUUCACCAGAGAGACGAAGACGGCUGGACGCCACUUCACAUGGCCUGCAGUGACGGCUACCCAGAAAUUGCCAGGUAUCUGCUGUCGAUGGGAGCGAGCACAGAGGCCGAGAACGAAAGCGGAGAGAAGCCUGCAGACCUCAUCGACCCAGACUGCACAGAGCUGCUCAAACUGUUCGAGACGGGCUGCGUGUGAUCAGGCACUAAAUGUACCCAAAGAGAGAACAGACAGCUGAGCAGACACCGAUAAAACACAUUUAACAGCAUGAAACAGUGCAAUACCGAACAAACUUGUUACAGGGUAGAAGAACAUAGUUCGGGCCUGUUACUGAUCCUGUAAAGCAAGGCGGAGGUGCUGUUUGUUUCUCUUUUUUUAAAUUAUUAUAAUUACAGCUUCAAAGUAAUACUCCAUAAGGCUGUAUUUAUAUUUCUGUUUAUGUUAUUUUAUUUAACUUUCAUUUUUGCAUUUGUGUAUUUUUCAUACUGCCGGUGUGUAUGAAGCAAAUAUCUCCCUCUCUUCAUCUUUAAUACCAACAAUGGUCCAGUGAAGAAAAUUAGAUUAAUAUAUAUCUUUUAUAUCUUUAGCAUUUCAGUAUCAGCAAGUAUUCUUUCAACUGUGCUAAUAUUAAACAGUUACUUUUUAAGUAGCUGGUUACACUCUGUUUACUGUGUAUUGAAUUUACAACACAGAAUUUGGGCCGAGAUGUUUGUGUUUUACAGUCUGAGUUAUGAAUCCUCACUGCUGGGCAGAAAGAGGAUCAGCCAUAUUAAUAAUUGAUACUUCAUUGAUGGUCAGAAAUCAUAAAACAUUAAGUUCAUGCUGUAGAGGCACUUUUACCGCUGCUUUUUUUCCGCUUAUGUAUUGCUGUUGUUUUCUGUAGUAGAAGUAUGAAUGUCAGCAAUGAAAGUCUUAUAAUUUUCUCCUUGAUAAUUAUUUUUGUACGUUUUCAUAAAUAAAGACGCCUUUUAUAAA